AUGGACGAGGUCGGAAAACUCUUCAACUUUGACGUUUUCAAAGACAACGAUGUCUUCUUCUCAUCGGGCGAUCUCUCGGGCAUGACACCAACCGAAUGGUACAUGAAAGCGAAGCAGAUGGGUCAGAAGUGCGGCAUGGUUACGCUGCUUGACGUGUGGACGAUCGACUUCCCAGAGUAUAGCACGCCGAUGAAGAUCAAAUCUUGGGCAUACCCAGCCGGCUACGACGACAACCCAAAGCUGGAUGCAUAUCUCGAAUUCACCCAACUGGCUUCCAGGCAGUUUGCUGAGGGGUCGCUUCAGUCCAAAAAGGACAUCUACCUCAUGCAGCCUGAAGCAGCCGACCGCCGGCCUCCGGUGGGCAGUACAUGGCUACGGGAAGAGUUUCCUAUACUGAAAGAAAAGAAACGAACCAUAUAUAGCAUGGAGUGGGAGAAAACCAUUGAGUCGGACUACAAGGUCGAACCUAACGACGUUUUCUGGAAACAUGGUAUGGACGACCCGCCGACUCGAGAGACCAAUGUACGGCCGAACACAAAACGAGUGCCCAACAGAAGACGUAACAGACUAGUAAGGGGCGCAAGACAAGAAAUUGCUGUCUGA